GCUAUUUAUUCUGAUUCAAAUUCCGUUGUUUUCUGCUGUUGGCGUCCGCGAUGCCGUCGUGGUUCCUUAAGGGGUGGGAACUGUGUCGGGCUCACCCACAGAACGGGAGAGUUUUCCUUGUGACGUCACACUUUCUAUUACCAACCACAGAAACGCCUAUAGGUAGGCUGAAUGUUCCUUUGUUGAAGAAAUAUCACUGUGUUUUUCCACCAAACAUCACUCCUGUAUUGUAUUUACAUGUUAAACGGGUACCAGGCAAAACGCAUUUGCGCACGCGCAACAUCAACAGCGGAUUGUGACCUCUAACUUGUGGGACUGCCACCAAAACGCCAAUUCGACAUGUAAAGGGUAUUUCAAAAGAUCGAUACAGAGCCAAGAGCGAUGGAUUCCCAUGGCUUUUGUUUUAGCAAGCGACACGAAAAGGCUGGUUUGUCUUGCGAUUUUACUUGGAGUUUAUCUUCUAAGCGGUGCUGCUGUGUUUCAAGUUUUGGAAAACGAAAAUGAAAAUAAAGAUGUGGUGAAUUUGAACUCUCUGAGAAUGACGUUUUGCAAGAAGUAUAAUAUUUCUACCGAGGACUUUGAGCUGCUCGUUGGGAAGGUUGAAAGAGCGACCAAGUAUCGCUGUGGUGGGCCUCCAGAGAGUUGGUGUAUGUCCCGUUGGUCCUACUAUGCGUCGUUAUAUUUCACUUGGAGUGUGGUGACUACCAUAGGUUAUGGUCACCUCGCUCCCAGCACGCUUGGAGGUCGUAUUUUCUGCAUGAUCUUUGCCUUAUUUGGUAUCCCACUCAAUCUCAUGAUCCUCAAGAACUUGGGCGAUAGAAUUAAGGACGUGAUUCACUAUGUGCACUUCCUCCUGGCCACUAGAGUGAUGAAGAGAGAGGGAGAGUAUCUUACCACAUAUACCCUGCCCUGGACCCUUGGCUUCAUGUUCGCUAUGUUGGUUAUCGGCGCGAUAUUGUACGCUCAGACGGAACAUUGGAACUACUUUGACGGCAUUUAUUUCUGCUUUAUUACCUUCUCGACGAUCGGCUUCGGGGACCUGGUUCCGAAUCAAGGCGGUCCCCCGUGUACAGUCAUUGAGGUUGUCAAGGAGACGUUUCGUGCGCUCGUCAUCAUCCUAGGUCUGUCCAUGUUCUUCUCUGUUAUAUCAUCCAUAAUGAGUGCUUCCGAGGAACUUCGCAUAACAUUUCCGCUGUCCAAGAGGAGUGCUGGCAAAGACAGUGGUGUGACCGCUGACAAGAAGGAUGAUUCCAUCGCGGGCGCAAGCGAGGCUUGUCGCAAUGGAAGUUGCGAAACGCAAAGUGACUUCAAUAUUUCGACGGAGGAGGGAGAAACUACAGACGUUGAGAAGAAUAAAAAUGUGGACUUGACCAUGCGUUACGAGGGUCAAGAUGGUUUGUGUAAGCACUGUGAUUUAGAUGAAGUGAACAUGAGAGGAAACGAAGGAACAGAAAUCACCCACUGUUGUAUUGAAUCAGACAAAGAAGCUAUUCAAGGGGAUGAGACCAACACCAAAACGUCAGUAGAUAUAGGUGCAACGACAGGCAAGUAGCAGUAACAGUAGUAUAAGUAAUACGAAAAAAAACGAAACACUUACCGAUGCAAAGUCCUUAAAGUUACUAUGUCUAAUAAAAAAAUCGAUAAUGAAUGAUUAUGUUUUGAACAGCUAAUAUAAUUAGAAAAGCGUUUUAGGAUUGUUUUUUUUUUUUAAAAUACGACGGUUUGAUGACAAUACUGAUGACGUUUAUAUUUACCCUUCUAUUUGUAAAAUUGUAUAUAUAUGUACCCUCCUAUUCGUAAUAUAUGGGUAUAAAAUUACUAAUGUGGUUAAAGGAUUACUUUAUAAAAGUUGACUAAAUAAUUUAAAAGGAUUAUGAAUUAUAUAUAUUUCAGUUACA